CUUCAGAGUCAGAACUGUCCUUUAUUGCUGAAGCGGAGGGCUCCACAACGUCGACGACUUCACACAUCCGCCGAGCCAUCCAGACCGCUUUGAACCAAGAGGUGGAGGAUCGUAUGAGCACACCGAAUCUUGCAGAACCCAAAGUGGUGCAGAGCCCUCCAUUGAAGCCUGCCUCCGACCUUGGCAGGGUCGGAUUAUCAAGAGCGUCUUCCACUAGCUCAAAUUCGACUAUCAAGCCCAACGCUGCUGUUGCAGAGGUUUCCCAGUCGCUGUCCAAGGAACGUGCUCCUUCUAAACUGGCUUUGUUGGCGCAGGCGAAGGCGAAACGGACAACAUCUACCUCGAAAGCGAAACCCCGCUCGUCGUCUCCUGAGAGUCUCCUCAAUACCACACGUACAGAGUAUCUCACGCCAAUAGCUAACGGACCCACUGCCACGACUGCCAUCACGACUUCAUACCAGACACUGAAUCAUCUCAUCUCUCCAACUCGAUCCGUUUUACCUCCCUCUUUUCCUCCCUCCGACUACAAGGGCGGGGUGAUAACAACGACACAUUCUGACGGGCACAGAUCUGGGGCGAAACAAUCCAAGCUGGCUAUGAAAGCAAAGAAGUCGCAUCACAAGCAUGAACCGAACUCGAUGAACGGCGACAAACUCGAUCAUCCUGCAUCGAUUCCGACAAUCUUCUUGCCUGAAGCAAGCCGCUCCUGUGCGUCACCAUCAGAGUUCGCUUCCUUGUUAGUCGAUGAACAGUCUCUGAUUUUCCUUGAAGUCAAAGAACACAGAAAGGAGAUAAAAGGCAGGGUGGAGGAUAAGGUUCGCGAUGGCCCUCGAAGCCCCGGUCGAACCCGCUCGCAUAGCCGCACCAACUCUUAUAGCGCUACUUCAGACGCAAAGCCACGCAGCCACUCGAAUAGAGAAAGUCCCUCUACUGUACUCGCCCACGACCAAGGCUCCUUCACGUUUGACGUCCCAAGUCCAGAUGAUAUCGUACUCAAUGCUCGUCGGGGAACCUCGCUCGGCGGCCGCUCUUCGCUUUCCACUGUCACUGCCUUCCCACCAGACACCCCCUCUUCAUCUCGUGCUUCCGUUUCUAUUACAAGGGCUACUUGA